AUGGAGCUUCGCCUAGCGGUACUGCUGCUGUUGGCGAUUACAGCCAUUACAGGCCGGAAUGUGGCAGCACUGUCCAUCCGGGCCGUGCAGGAACCAAGUGAUCCGGAUCUGGACGACAUGGAGUACGAUCGGGACAACGGAGGCGACUCGCUUAUUCCACCGCCGGUCGUGAUGCGGACGGAUUUUGGCGAACCGAUACCAACGGUACAGAUUCCGAACAAGGCGGGCGAGUUUGAGACGAUGGCACGGAUGGACGUGCAGGAGUGCAAAAGCAACGCUAGCUCCUACGAGGCCACCAGGUACGUCCAGUGCUAUCUGUACCGGGCGAACACCACCGAGGAUCGGUACGAGUUUCACUUCAACGGGCUAAGCUCGAUCGUGCAGGCCGGGUUCAAGCGCGACCUACCGACGGCGAUCCUCGUGCACGGUUGGCUCGGCAGCUCCGAAUCAGUGGUGAUCGACCCGCUCGCCAAAGCGCUGCUGGCGCAGGAAAACAAGAACGUUAUCGCGGUGGAUUGGGAACAGGGGGCGAGCACGUUGCUCUACCCGAUCGCCCGUUACCGGGUGCCGAAGGUCGCCGCACUGGUUGCCGCCCUGAUAGACAACCUGGUGGUUGGGCUCGGCCAGGACGUCAAUAGGAUCGGCAUCAUCGGGCACAGUCUUGGGGCGCACAUCGCGGGCAUCGCCGGCAAGAAGGUACGGUCGGGCAAGAUAGGGUACAUCGUCGGGCUGGAUCCGGCUUCGCCCCUGUUCCGACUGAAGAAGCCGGCCGAUCGGCUCUCCUCGGACGACGCACAGUACGUGGAGAUUAUCCACACGAACGGCAAGGCGCUCGGGUUCUUCAGCAACAUCGGGCAGGCGGACUACUACCCGAACGGUGGCGUGCGCCAACCCGGCUGUGGUUUCAGCCUCACCUGCAGCCAUUCGCGGGCGGUGGACUUUUUCAAGGAAUCGCUCAAAAUUCGCAACUAUUACGCACAGCGGUGCGAUGGCCUAACGAACCUUGGACCUUCCUGCACUACCGAUCGCACCGUGCUGGGCGGGUUGGUGUGGAAAUCGUCGAAACCGGCCGGUGUGUACUAUAUCGCGACCGCCUCCAACGAACCAUUCCUGCGCAGUAGCGGAGCUGCUGUUGUGAAACCGAUAUCCAUGAUCAUCCCGCUACUAUCACUGCUCAUCACGUUACGGUGCAGGUGGCAGGCAUGA